AUGGAUAGAUUUGAGUAUAUGGAAGCAAGAUUAUGUGAAGGAGAAAACUAUAUCAAACGCGAUAAAAAUGUGAAAUUAUAUGAUGGCGAUGAUAAGACUCAAUAUGUUGACGGUGAAGUCGUUCUUACUUCACAUAGACUCCUCUGGGGAAAACCAGGAGAUAUACCUAAAGGACUUAUAUGUUUAUCUCUAUAUUUGUAUUAUGUGUUUUGUUUGGAAGAAGAGAAUGGAGGUGUUUUUGGUUUAGGAGGGCCUAAACGUAUUAUUAUGCAUCUGGGACCUGCACUACCUGGCAAAAGACCUGGGCCAGCAGUAAUCAGUACUUACCAUUUCAUUAAACUCUCAUUCAAAGAUGGCAUUGACCCUGCUUUUUAUAAGGCUUUGAGUGAGGCCGUUGCUAAUAAACUAUGGGAAAGACAACCACUAGAAACAAAUGCAUUCAGCAGCCCCACUAUGAGCCCACGUUCGUCAAUAGCUCCUAUUGGUGCCAAAAUUCGUUCUGGAAUUGUUGGGAUUGAAAGAAGCAUUGAAGAACAGCAGAAAGCCACAGAUGAGAGUAUCACUGUGGCAUUUAAAGAUUUAACAAAACUUAUGGAAAAGGCUAAGGACAUGGUUUCCAUUUCUAAAACAAUAUCUACUAAAAUAAGGGAGAAGCAAGGUGAUAUAUCAGAAGAUGACACAGUAAGAUUUAAGUCAUAUCUAAUGAGUCUUGGUAUAGAUGAUCCUGUUACAAGAGAUGCUUUUAGAUCAGAUUCAGAUUACUACAUGGGGCUUGCACAACAAAUUUCUGAUAUGAUGGUUGCAGUUCUAAUGGAUUCUGGAGGCAUCAUGUCAUUGGCUGAUGUAUGGUGCAGAGUGAACAGGGCAAGAGGUCUAGAGCUUAUAUCGCCUGAAGAUUUAUUAAAUGGUUGCAAAUUACUACCUACUAUCGAUGCUCCAAUGUCCCUUCGCAAAUUUCCGAGUGGGGCGUGCGUGCUUCAACUGAAUAGCCAUAGAGAUGAAGAAGUUGCCAAAACUACUAGUCAAUUGAUUGAAGAAAACGGCUCGCUGACUCCAAUAAAACUAUCUCAAAUCGCAAACGUAUCCGUCCUACUUGCUCGUGAACGUCUUUUUACUACAGAACGACUCGGCCUCGCCUGCAGAGAUGAAUCUAUUGAAGGAUUAGCUUUCUAUCCAAAUCUAUUUUUAAGCAAAGUGUAA